AUGGUUAAUCGCCACGUCUCAUUGUCUCCUCGCAAUUCGCGUCAUUCGCACUCCGGCUUCGUCCCUCUCGGUGGCAGCAACAGCAACAACGAAAUGUCCGAAGGUAUUCAACUCACCACGGUUAGGAGCAAUGUCUCCACCCGAAGUGGUUACAGAAAGGCCGAGAUGCCUCAGCCGUCUAGUGUCGACAGCGGCUCUCCAACCGAAGAUGAAAAACUCAACGAACAUCAUGGACACCGCGGUCGUCGAAGGAGGAUUGUCGAGGGUCACCUCACUCGCAGCGGCACAGGAGACGAAACGACAUUGAACCCUAUGGGUAGACUCUACUACAAGAUUAUUGGCUUUUCCGUCGUCACCCGAUACCUCGUUUAUGUCGUUCCUGUUGGUCUUCUCCUGGCUAUUCCUCUGGUUGUUUUGGCCGCUAUUGGCCAGAAGAACGGUAUUCCUGUUGGCCGCUUCAAUGGCGAAGGCGACAGGGAAGGCGACGAUGGUCCUCCUCUUUUCAAGAUUUUCCUCUGGGUUCUCAUCAUGUGGCUGUCUCUAUGGGUUGCUAAGGUUGUUGCCUUGUUUUUGCCCACGCUCUUCAUGUUCUUUACUGGCGUCGUCAGCAAGGGUACUCGCAAGUAUGCAACCGUCCUCGCAAACCUGAUCAUUCCCUUCUCCUUCUUCUUCUGGGCCCUGGCUUCUUAUGUCACCUUCAAGAACCUCUGGAAGGACGAAGAUGUUGGCAAGACUUAUGUCCCAUGGGUCCGCACGAUGGGCCGUGUUCUAGGAGGUCUUUUCGUCUCGUCAGCCGUCUUCCUUGGUGAAAAGGCAAUUGUUCAGCUCAUCGGUAUUUCAUAUCAUCAGCGGUCUUUUGCCAACCGUAUCAGGGAGUCCAAGCGCGAGGUUCACUUGCUCGGACUUCUUUUCGAUGCCUCCCGAACUCUUUUCCCCCUUCAUUGCCAGGAAUUUGCCGAUGAGGAUGCCAUCAUCAACGAUAGCAUCGAGGUGAUGCUCCGUGGCAAGAAGGGACAUAAGCGAAAUGGUUCUGCAACCCCCAUGAAGCUCAUUGGAGAAGUCGGUAAGAUUGGAGACAAGGUCACAUCGGUAUUCGGAAACCUUGCCUCUGAGAUUGCUGGUAAACAAGUUUUCAACCCCAACUCUGCUCAUUCCAUCGUCAUCGAAGCUCUCGAGAAGAAUAAGGCCGCCGAAGCAAUGGGUCGACGUAUAUGGAUGUCUUACGUUGUUGAGGGCCACGAAACACUUGUUUUGGACGACUUCCAGGAAGUCCUUGGACCUGCAUACAAGGAGGAGGCUGAAGAGUCUUUCUUCAUGAUUGAUGGCGACGACAACGGUGAUAUCAGUCUCGAUGAAAUGGUCCGAAAGGUCGUCGAGAUUGGUACUGAAAGAAAGGCAAUCGCCGAGGGCAUGAAGGACAUUGGUCAGGCUCUUCAGGCUUUUGAUAAGAUUCUUCUUGUCGUUGUCCUGCUGAUCGUCAUUUUUGUUUUCCUUGCCUUUUUCCAGAGCAGUUUCAUCACCACUCUUACCACUGCGGGAACUACCCUUCUUUCGCUGUCCUUCAUCUUCGCGGUUACUGCCCAAGAAUUCCUCGGUUCCUGCAUCUUCCUGUUCGUCAAGCACCCUUACGAUGUUGGUGACCGCGUCGAUAUCACUGGUACCAAGAUGGUUGUCAACAAGAUCUCCCUCCUGUACUCUGUUUUCCACCGCCUCGACACCAUGCAAACUGUUCAAAUCCCCAACAUUCAGCUCAACAACGUCUGGAUCGAAAACAUCUCCCGUAGCAAGGCUAUGCACGAGACUAUUGAGGUCAAUGUUUCCUUCGACACUACAUUCGAAGACAUCGAACUUCUGCGUCUCGAGAUGGAGAAGUUUGUUCGUUCGCCCGAGAAUGCUCGCGACUUCCAGCCCGAUCUCAGCGUUAGCGUCGGAGGUGUCGGUAAUCUCGACAAGCUCCAGCUCUUUGUCACUAUCGCUCAUAAGUCCAACUGGCACAACGAUUCCGUCCGCGCCUCCCGCCGUUCUAAGUUCAUGUGUGCUCUGGCUUUGUCCCUGAAGAAGGUUCCUUUGAUCGCUCCUGGUGGCGGCGGUGAGCCUCUCGGCGGGCCUACCAACCCCUCGUACUCCGUUACUGUCAGCGACGAUUUUGCCAAGAACAGCCGUGAUGAAGCUGCCAAGGCUACUGAUGAAUCUCGCAUGGUGCCGACCACAAAACAGGACCACUCUGAGGAGAGCCAUAUCCAGGCAGCUGAGAACAUUAACUCGCGUCCUCCUGCUGCCGGCGUUGGUGUUUGGGACAAUAGUGAUAACCAUACACUAGGCUCACAUGAUGAUGAAAUUCACCGCAACCGGGAGAUCGAAACCCUAAGAACCGAUCUCAAGCGUGAGAGCACUCGAGGACGCCGCAAGGCUGGUGAAGCUAUUCCCUCACUUUCACUAGAGACAGCUCCUCGUGCCAGCAUCUCGUUGACGCAGGCCAGCCCUCGCAGCGCUCGCCAUGGUCACUUCGAUGAAGAGGCCGAGACUGGCCUGGGCGCAACACCAUACUCCAAUCUUUCUGCCGGCCCCUCUCAGGGCUCUCAGGGUUACCAGCCAUAUGCUGGUUCUAGCGGCCAGUACAACGUUGCCCACCCUCUGCAAAGGCCUGGUCAGGGACCGCCUCAGGGACCACCUCCAUCAAACCCACCGCCUCCUCCUCAGCGCUAG